AUGGCAGAUGAAAAAGAGGUUUUGGCAGAGGUGGGGUCCCGGGAAACCAAUGAUGAACCUCAAAAGAAGAAAUUGAAAAUGGAUAAUGGUCGCGCUCCAAACGGCAAGUCCGAUGCCGUGGACUCAGAGAAUACGGAUGAAAAUUCCAACGGAUCUGCGGAAGGUUCAGGAAGUGACAGUCAUCAGGAAACUGAUACAUCGGAUAAAUCGGGAGACAGGAAAAAAUUCAGGCUUCCAGCCCCUACGGAAAGUGGCGCCGUUCUGAUCUGUGGUCAAACCAAUUGGGACAUGACCGGUAGGAGUUCUUUGCCGAAAGGUGCGAAGGCCGGAGGCGGAAGAUGCAUCUACAACUUCCAUCGUUUCUCUCCAUUCAAGGGCCUGAAAGUGCGGUCUGUUAUAUCCGGAUGCAUGGCUGUUCAUAACAUGAUAAUAACGGAAGAGGGAAAGCUUUUUACGUUCGGUCGCAACGAAAAAGGCCAGUUGGGCACUGGAGACACGGAGCGCCGAGAUGCACCAACUCUCGUUGAAGAAUUGAAAGACUUCACGUUUGUUUCUGGCUCAUGUGGCAAAAAUCACUCCUUGGUAUUGACGGACCGUGGAACUGUGUUCAGUUUCGGUGAGAAUAAAUCGGGGCAAUGUGGUGUAGGAGCUAACCAACAAGUGGUGACCAUUCCAACUAAAAUAUCCAGACCGAAGCCCGUCGUGAAAGUGGCUUGUGGUUCGGAAUUCAGUCUGAUGGCUGAUGUUGAUGGACAGCUUUAUGCAUUCGGUCACCCAGAAUAUGGCCAGCUUGGUCACAAUACGGAUGGCAAAUAUUUUAUCACGAACUCAAAAUUGUCAUAUCAUUUUGAGUUCACGCCGCGUCGAGUCCCUGUCUUCAUAAAAAAGUCACGAGAAGGAGUUCUGCCUGUCGACGGCGUUGAGAUAACCGAUCUCAGUUGCGGUGCGAACCAUACAGUCGCUUUGGAUUCUCGUGGUCGCAUUUUCACCUGGGGUUUUGGUGGCUACGGUCGUCUUGGCCAUAACGAGCCGAAAGACGAACAUGUUCCUCGACUAUUGGAAUUUUUCGACGGGCACAACAGGGGAGCUAAGAUGAUAGCCGCUGGAUCGUCUUGUUCUUUGGCGGUUCUCGCUGUUGGUGGUGGCUUGGUGAUGUGGGGUGCAACGAAGAAAACUGGCGAAGCCAACAUGUACCCGAAACCAGUUCAAGAUUUGCAAGGAUGGAACAUUAAAGAUCUUACUUGUGGGAAUACUUCUAUUGGCGUCGUAGCGGACGAUUCUUUAAUCGUUUGGGGUCCGAGUCCCUGUUACGGAGAAUUGGGGCUUGGUGUGCAGACGAAGAGUAGCUCAAAACCGAAGGAAGUUUCCGAUCUGGAAGGUUGUACGGUACACAAAAUCAGCAUGGGUCUUGCUCACACUUUGAUUCUGGUCUCCGAAGAAUCAGAAAGCGAUAAGUCCCUGUUAGAAGCGUUGCCAGAAUACGACCCGUCCGAUGCUACGGCAAAGAACAUGUGGAACGAAAGUGAACUCGCGGAACAUUGCCGCAAAGUUUUGAGGCUAGUGCGCGAAAGAGGAAACUCGGAUGAAAAUUCUACCGCCUGUAUGCCCGAAUUACGAGGAUUGAUCGAUGCUGUGGUGAACGAAAAUGUUUCUCUGAUCGUGUCUCGUCAAAUGCUGAACGAAAUCAUCUCGGUGUUCGAGCACAUGUCCAACGAAACAGUCCUUGCUGUUGCUCACACUAUCCUGGAAAAGGUGCAGCCGCGAGUACUCUCGUUCGAAGAUCAAGUUUCUCAGAUAAGACAGUACCAAGCCACAAUUUUUGAGCGACAACAGAAGUGGCGGCAGGCUGCUCGGGCCUUGGUUGGGAUUCCGUUGGAGACCGGACAGAAGCACUACGCCGUCGAUUAUAAACUGGACACGUAUUUGACGAUCGCCCGGUUAUAUCUGGAAGACGAGGAUCCUGUGGAAGCCGAGGCCUACGUGAACAGAGCUUCUGUUCUUCAGAAUGAAACGAAGGAUGAAAAAUUGAAAAUUUACUACAAGGUGUGUUAUGCUCGAGUUUUGGACUUCAGGAGAAAGUUUUUGGAAGCUGCACAGCGUUACUAUGAAUUGUCGUACCGUCCCAUCAUCGACGAAAGCGAACGAGUAACUUCGUUACAGAACGCUUUGGUUUGCACCUUGUUGGCUUCCGCUGGUCAACAGCGUUCUCGGAUGCUGGCCACGUUGUUCAAGGAUGAAAGGUGUCAGAAUUUGUUGGGAGACCUCUUCCCAAUCCUCGAAAAAAUGUACUUGGACAGAAUCAUUCGCAAAAGUGAGCUAAAAGCGCUAGAGGAUUUGCUGUGCGUUCAUCAAAGGGCUGUGAACGUUGAUGGGACUACAAUCCUGGACCGUGCUGUGAUCGAACAUAAUCUACUUUCGGCUUCCAAGUUGUACGACAGCAUUUCCUUACAUGAGCUAGGUGCUCUUCUAGAAAUACCGAGUGAUCGAGCAGAAAAAGUGGCUUCACAAAUGAUCUCAGAAAAGCGCAUGCGGGGGAGCAUCGAUCAGAUAGACGGCUAUGUCUACUUCAGUAGGCAAGAAAUUCUUCCUAGUUGGGACAUGAAAAUCCAAUCUCUGUGCGGUGCGGUCAACGAAAUUUCAAAUGACGAAUUAGUGCCUCCGAAAAAUGUCGCGAUUUUUACGAGGUCGGGUCUCGGCAUAUCCCGUCCCUCGCCCGAAGAUGUUGCUGACGUGAUUCACAAUCAGUUCUUGCCCACUGGGAAACAUAUUUCUGCCGUGCAUGAAAUUGCGUUGGAGUACGACUCGUCUCGUUCGGCUGUCGGAUUGGAGUGUCCUAAAAGAAAGCAACGGCUUGGCGUUCGAGAUGUCGCUUGGUUUCCUGAACAACCAUGGAUGGAAGUGAUACAUCACGCAAGAGUGACCGUCGGAAAGCCUGAUUUUGUACGUGCGGAUUUUGUCGGCAAGUCGGCUUCUUGA